AUGAAGAGGCAUCAUAGAGAGGACUCGGCUUCUCGCAGCAAGAAGGCCCGUGCCCCUAGUAUAUCGGACGAGGAAGGUACUAACGGGUGCAUCAACUCUCCGAAGAAGUACAAAAGUCCCCCACGAAAGGCUCUGUUAAGACGCCCUUCACGUGAAGACAGAUCAGUUGAUAAAUAUGACCAACAAGGUUCGAGACAAACAUUCUUACUUCGACCUAAUCCCGCAGCAAAGUUUGUCAGUAGCAACAACUCCAGCCGCUCAUUUAACCCCCACAGUGACUACUCGAGUUCACGGAAAUCCUAUGCGCCAUCAAGUGAUCGACUAUCUAGUCAUUCGUCAAAGUCACUGGUCAAUUCUUCCAGUCGAGUUAAUCCUAUGUUGGCAGCAAGUCUUGCAUCAUCAGGAAAAUUACCAAACCUUCCAAUUCCUCUUGGGUCUAAACGGGGUUCAUCUGCAACGGUUGCGGCCGUAGCCGCAGCUGCGAUGAACGCAGCCGCAAUGGCUGCAGCAUUAGGUGCCGGAGGUGUAAUAUCGAGCAAACAAAUGUCACACAUAACCAAAGCACUGGCAUCUGCUACUCGGACUGGUCGUGAUCACCAUGGUUCGUCGUCACACAGACCUCCGCGGAGUUCCAGUGAUAGGUAUACAGAUGAAGAUUCAAGAAGCCAUCGUCGAAAAACAACUAGUAAGGAGAAAGAUAUGCUUAGCAUUUUCAAUGCUCGUUACGCUCGUCCAGUAGAACAUCGCAAUCCCGAAGAUGAUCCUAAUGCAACAAGAACAUUAUUUCUGGGUAAUUUGCCACCAGAUGUCGAGGAACCUGAACUGAGGAAGCUUUUCGAACGUUAUGGUAUAAUUGAAGAUAUUGAUAUUAAGCGCCGUGAACUAGAGACUGGAGCAACCGCAUUCGCUUUUGUUCGAUAUCUUAGUCUAGACAUGGCACACCGCGCAAAAGUUAAUUUAUCUGGACAAAUGAUAGGUGAAUACAGAUUCAAAAUUGGUUAUGGAAAAGUUAUUCCCACACGAUGCCUAUGGGUUGGUGGAUUGGGUCCAUGGACAAAUUAUCCUGAGUUCGCAACCCUUGUUAAUAGUAUCAGCGCGCCUGAAAAAAUCAUCUGGCCGUCUGGUAAAAACUAUGCCCAUAUUCUUUAUAGUGAUAGCGAGUCGGCUGCUGUUGCAGCUGAUCUUUUACGUGGAUAUCCGUUAGGAAAAAGUCAUAAACGGAUCCGAGUGGAUUUCACUGAUGAGUCACAUAUGUUCAGAGAUCCUAAUUGGAAACGGUUGAAAAGAAAUUCGUCCACAGAAUCAAGUCCCAGACAUUACUCAUCCAGAAGAUCACUGACACCUCGAAUAAAACGUGAAGAUUCUUUUUCAGACAAUGCCUACUCUCGUGAUAAUCAUUACUCAAAAUACAAGCGCGACCGAAAGACGUAUGUUGAUAGUGACCGAAGUCAUUCUGCUUCGUCAAAUCAUAGGCGAGAAUCUGGCCAUAGAUCUAGAAAAGCUACACAUGAAAGGGCGCCUAAACGUAGUAUAAGAGACCACUCAUUAAGUCCUGAUGCGGACUCGACGCGUUUUGUUUCACGUUCUCCUUCAUCAUCAAAAUCUCGCAGAUAUUCAUCGUCUUCCUCGAGAUCACCUACAUUAGAAACAUCCACAAACGUAGAACAGUUGGCAUCUUGUCUUCCUUCGGCAUGGGAUGGAGCAUUUUAUCUAAAGUCGAGUAGUUUUCAGUGCAGAAUGCACAUUUUGAGAGGUGACAAAAGCCUUGUUGAUCAGUUCAUGUACCAGGGAUCUAAUUCAGAAGCAUCUGCGCAUUCAAACGAAACGCGACAUGCAGGUAAAAAGUCGAACAAAGAUAAACAUACGUCACUGGACGACAUUGAUUCUACUGAAUCUCAGGAUGAUGCACAUGGUAGCGCUAAAAGUAGUUGUACAAACAAAGAACAGGUAGUUUGUUUACGCAUUACUCAACGAAUGAGACUGGAUCCAGUAAAGUUAGAUGACGUGAAUCAGCGCAUUCAGACAGCCGGUUCCUCUGGGUUUUGCAUUCUUUUGGCUGUACCUCCACAUUCGGUUUUAUGCAGUGAAGUUGGAGAUGGCGAUAAACAACCGCAAAGACCGCUUCGAAACCUAAUCGGAUAUUUACGUGCAAAAGACUCCGCAGGAGUGGUUCUUCUAAAUCCUGGUGGCCAAAACUCGAACGAUUCUUCAUCCCCUCUAACUGCAGAAACUACAUCUGGGGUGCUGUAUGCAUUUCCACCUUGUGACUUUGCUUUGAAUCUCUUGCGUGAAAGUGCUCCGCAACUAGAGAAAGAUUAUGGUAAAGAUGAUUACUUAGCUAUAAUACUAAUUCGUGGAGCUGGAGUUGUGUAG